AUGGAGCGUAUCUUCUUUAAAACCGAUAUCGAGGACGCCUACUCGGGCUUGCCUGUCUAUGUGUUCGACACGUCAUACUUGCCUUCGCCAGACGUGAUUGAAUAUGAGCUUUUCAUCCCCACGCUAAUGAAGAAGCUCCCGCUGGAACGGUACAUUGUGGUGAUGUUUUCGUGUGGCCUUAACAAGAUCUCGUGGAUAGACGGUGUCAAAUUUUUAAGACUGUUUCUUUCGCCGGAAACGUGUAAUUUCGAUAAUCUCCAUAAGAUUAUCGCUGUCCACGAGAGUUGGUUCGUGAAGUCUAUAUCCCUGAUCUUGACCAACAUCUCCAUCUCCAAGAAGACGUUUUCGAGGUUGCGCAAGCUCUUUGACUCGUCGUCACGCCAGCUGGACAUUUUGAUCAGCUGUGACUCUUUGGCUGAGCUUUCUAAUUAUGUGGAUAUCACCAAACUCAAGAUCUCCUUGAAUAUCUAUAAGCACGACGCUCAUACUACGCUUCUGCCACGUCUUUCGCUUAAUUGCCCACUGGCUAAGCUUAUAACCGAGGAUACGACGUACUCUCCAGAAACAGAUCCGCUCUUUUGCUACCACUUCAACCAGAUCUGUCGUAUUAUCGAGAAUUAUGGCCCCAAAGCUGAGGCCAUUUUCAUGAAACCAGGCAACCGCCAGAGCACUGAAAUCUUAUACCAAUGCAUCCUUCGAAAUCAGUUUAUCUGGAUUAACGACUGGGAUCUCCACUGCAUCGCGUCAACCUUUAAAAAGAUCCUCCUGACCGUGUCUCCUCCAUUGAUUUGCAUUGACGAUAUCGUCUUGCCCAUGAAGGAUGAUCUAGACUACACGCUCAUGAUCUUGAGCAAGAACUUUGCUGCCGACGCUGACGCUGCGUCUGUUUUAUUUAGGGUCAUGGACCUUUGUUCCACCAUUGUUAAACACUCAGAGACUACGGGACACCUGUCACUUUCCAUCCUGAGAUGUAUGUGCCAUGCCUUGACACAUGAGCUUAAACUGCAACUGAAUGGUGAUCGUGUUUCUAUUGCUGUCAGAUACAUAAAGAACCUUGUUCUGCAAUGGAGCAAGAUCCGUCCACUCUACCAGGAGAGACUUUCAGGUAAGUCUGGAUCGAAAGCACAGAACGAAGAGAAGUAUGAUGAGCUGUACAACCUCUCUCACGAUAUAACCAUGGAUGAGGGUAACACAAGCGGAGAAGAAGAGAAUCAGAGGGUUCAAUUCAACACAAAAACAAUUCUUGACAAUAAUACCACUCUUGCUGUGUCUACGCGGACCGAAACAAAGUCAGAAGCCCCAGCAAGGCCUGAAUCACGAAAAGCAUACCCUCAGAGGGAACCAGCAAAGAAAGAGAAACUUCAGGAUGUUUCGAAUAUCAAGGCGCAAUGGCCGCCUCAGAAAUACAAAUUUGAGAGAACUAUACCCAAGAAGGAAGCGCAGGUGGAAGAAGAAGAGCCUGAAACUCCAUCGAAACGGCCGGUGGUCAGGGGCCGUAAGGUUGGUGAGUUAACAAGACUCUUUGAGAAACGUACACAAGCAAUGAAGCUACUUGGGGCUAUCUAG